GUUUAGUAUCGGUGCUGCAGUAUCCCUAAGGCUAAUUAAUCUAAAGCCAAGGAACCCACUAAAAGCAGUGGCUUAUGCACCUUUUUUAACUUUAAGUGUUAAAUGUUAAGACAAUGGACAGGGCUGGAUUAUCCUAUAGACUAUUCGAGGCAGCAGGUCAGGCCCCCCAAGCUUGAGGGGCCCUGAUAAAAGAUUUUGAACUAUCUUAUUUUGAGAAAUGAGUAUAUUUUGAUAUCUUGUAUUGCUGAAUAAGUUAUUUAACUUCAAAUGAUAUAUGAACAUUAAUAAAAGAAAGUUCAGGAGUAUGAAAACCCAGUUUUAAGAGCUGGCCCCAUUUUAAGGCCCUAUAUUUGAGAUGCAGGGUCCCAGUUUGAAGUCCUUUGUUUGGUGUGAUGGCUCUAGAUUGGGGUCAUAGCUGUAUAUCAUGGAGCCAAAGUCUAUCUCACUUCAAGCUAAGUAUAUGUCACUAAAAAAAUAUUCAGGAUAGGUGCAGCAAGUUAGGUAGCUCUGUCUGAAGUAGAUAAAGGGAAAUUCAUUUUUUAUUCAAAUUUCAAUAUAAACAGUUAUGUGUUCUAACAGUUUCUUUGUUUGAAUUUCUAAAUCCAAGAAAAACUGUUUGUAAUAAAUUAUUGCACUGUUUAUCUUUUCCUUAAAUCUUAAAAUAUAGAUGGGACAGGUUUUGAUAAUAUGCUUGCUAUCAUAUAUUUUUAUGAGAUUAAUUUGAACAACUCAUUCAUGGCAAAAGGACAUGCAGAAACAUCCUGCUAAUUUUUGACAAUUGUGCAGAGCUGUGAUUAAUGGUUACAAAGCAAAAUAAAUGUGCUAGACCUGAAAGGUCAUAUAGCAGUGUAGAAAGGUAUAAUAGUGAAAAGGGUGAAGGGGGGCCAGUUCAUGAUAGAAUGUGCUACACAUCAGAAGUCAUACAGCAGUUCAAGAAGGUUGAGAAUGGCCUUAGAGGUGAAGCACCUAUUUUCCUGGGAUACUGAGUACAGUGCUGACUCAGCAGAGUUCUGCCCCAUUAGUACAUAUGAGGAUUACCUUGCAGUGGGUACAUAUCAGCUUGCAGAUCCUGAGAAAGCUUUAGACACCUCAAAUGAGGGAGAUGAAGCAGAAACAGACAGUCUAAAUGCAGAAGCAAAGGAUAUACCUAAAAAACGACUAGGCCGUCUCUACCUAAAGCAGAAGAUCGAUGAAAAACUAUGUUUAGUUCAGCAAAUUGAUAUGCCUGCUAUCUUGGAUAUGAAGUGGUGUCAGCAUGAGAUAUCAGGAACACCAGUGCUUGCCAUUGCAAAUGCUGUUGGUCAGUUACUUCUCUAUAGACUAAUAACAGCCGGAGAGAAACUGUGUUUGGAGUAUCAAUGCAAGUUUGAAAUAGAAGAAGACGAAACCCUUGCUCUCUCACUAGACUGGUCUACUGGAAAAACUGUCAGUGAGAAUCCUUUAAUAUCAGUUAGUGAUUCAAAGGGAAAGAUCAAUAUUUUACAAUUGACUAAUGGAGAACUACUUCUUCAAAAAAGAUUUUUAGCCCAUGAUUUUGAAGCUUGGAUAACAGCCUUUGACUAUUGGGAUCCUAACACAGUGUUUACAGGAGGUGAUGAUUGUAAGUUCCGUAGGUUUGACAUUAGAGCUGAAUCGGCUCUACCAGUGUUUACUAGCAGAGUGCAUAAUGCAGGAGUAACAAGCAUUCAAAGUAAUUGUCAUUCUGAGCACCUUUUGGCUAGUGGAAGCUAUGAUGAAACUGUUAAUUUAUGGGACACAAGAAAUAUGCGAUCUCCAAGAGCUUCCACUUCUCUUGGUGGUGGUGUGUGGCGUCUUAAGUGGCAUCCUCAAGGGAAGGCAUUAUUGUUGUGUGCUUGUAUGUAUAAUGGUUUUCAUGUAAUAGACACUGAAAGUAUGGAAACUGUGGUUUCUUUUAAUGAGCACCAGAGUAUAGCAUAUGGUGUUGACUGGUGGUAUGCUAUGAAAGAUUCCACGCAUAUUGUUGCAUCUGCAUCAUUUUAUGACCAUCUUUUAUGUCUUUGGGAAUUUAAAAAGAAAUAAUGUGUAAGUAUUAAAAGGUAUUUUUUUUACAUUAUUAUUUCAUUCCCAUUGCUUUUGUGAUACCCAUAACAUAAAUUAUAUGUAUAAAUACCCAUUACAAUACACGUGAUCGACUUCAUGUAUUUAAGACUAUUUCUAACAAUCCUGUACUAGUACUUAAAAACGGAAGGAAAUCCAAUUCUUCUUAAGGUCCAGUUACAGUAAAUUAUAGUUUACCAAAUUCAUGGUCAGUACCCAUUUCACCCCAAAUACAAUAAUAACCAGUAACACAUUCAAAUAACUACCCAGUCAUGCCAAAAAUGUAUGUAAAAUAAAGCAAAUAGUGAAUUGGAA